UAGAUAAAUGGGGGCAAAUUUACAAUAUUAAAAGAUAUUUAAUGUUUUGAGAUAGGGUUUGAGAUCGGAACGGACGGGAAAAAAAUCUUGGGCUCUACAACUCGGCUCUUCGAUCGGCAACUGGGACACAGAGCCAGGACGGACGGUUUCCAAUGCUGGGUCUUCAUCGUCGAUCGGCUAACCACGAAUCGGACUUGAGUGACGCCAUACGGGAAUCAGGCGGCAACCUGGGGAUUUCGAUUUCUCCGGCUUCAAUUCAGGUUUAUCAAUUUGUUUUUCUUUAUCUGUUUAAUCCAAGCUUCUCAAUAUCCUCUUUAGAAUCGUUCACUCUACUUUUGUUGUUCACUUGCUAGAUUACUUCCUUUUAAUAUACAUCCAUUCUCAUUGCUUUAUGGGUUGUGUUUCUUGAUAUCACAAGUGACUAAAUAUCUAAAUUUGAGUGGGUUUAUUUGUUGAAUUGGUCCAGGUAGAGCUUAGUUAAUACAAUACUUAAUCGAGUGGGUCUUACAACCAAGUUUUAAGCACACUCAUCUCUAAUCAGCAUCAAUAUUUUGCACCAGUUGAGAUAGGUCAAGCCAAAGCUAAGGGUAUUUUCUCUAUUAUCUUCAAGAAGUCAAUGGCAGAUGAAGUUGUUCCAAUGCUCCUCGAAAAGAUAAAUAAUGGGGAUGAAGAUAAUGGCUAAUGAAGUUGGUGGCUCUAUUCUCAACACAAUAGACUAGAAACACUUGUGCCUUUGAGGGAGGCUAGACGUCAAGGACUAUGGCUUGUGAGAGAUCUUUCAAGCGUCGUCGUAGGAGUAUAGGCUCUAUUGCUGAAUCAUAUGUUGCCUCUCAAGGAGGAUAUUUCCUAGAUGCUUCCUGAACCCAUUGUCCAAACGAUACUAGAUGAGAUGCAAAGAUUGUUUGGGGACCGUUUGCCUAGUAGAUAGGAUGGAGCAGAUGGUGACGGAAGUGCACAUGUAUGUUAGGUUAUUGUUUAAUUGAUUAAUGCAAAACAAUAGAUAUUAUUAUAAGGAUACUUGACAAGUACAUAAGUUUUAUGGAAAAUAUUGAAACUCUUGUUUUGUGGAAUACAUGUGUUUGAGUAUG